AUGGUUGAGCGGUUUGAGAGCAAUAUACCCGUCCGAUCGAUGCGCAACGGCCGUCACAGUCUGAGGAUGACCGUACCCGACGAUGAAUCCCUAGAUAGUUCUGACGGGGCCAUCACACCCUCGCCGGUACGAUCAGGAAUAGAAGGGCUUCCGCCAGGCCGAUUGAGCGUCAAAUCGAGGAUGGGGAGGAAGCUCUCGUCCCCAAUGGCACCGCCGUUCAUGGUUUCGGCCCCGGGGAAGGUUAUCGUCUUUGGAGAACAUGCUGUGGUGCAUGGGAGGAAGGCAAUGGCUGCUGCUAUAUCUCUGCGGUCAUAUCUACUCGUCACGACGCUGUCCAAGUCGCAUCGCACGGUUACGUUGAAUUUUAGGGAUAUCGGGUUGGAUCAUACCUGGGAUAUCGACUCCCUGCCGUGGGACGUCUUCCAGCAUAAAUCCAAGAAGAAGUUCUACUACGACUCUGUCACGGAGCUGGAUCCUGAGCUGCUCGAAGCCCUGAAGCCUCAUAUCGCGCUGGUGUCGCUUGAUAAGCCGGAGGAAAUACGGAAAAUUCACCAUCACUCUGCCAAUCAGUUCUUAUAUCUCUUCCUCUCGCUCGGGUCGCCAAAGACUCACGCUGCCAUCUAUACGCUUCGGUCGACGAUACCGCUUGGUGCUGGAUUGGGAAGCAGUGCGAGUGUCUCGGUGUGUUUGAGCGCUGCACUGCUGCUACAAGUUCGCAUCCUGGCCGGGCCACAUCAAGAUCAGCCACCGGAUGAGGCGGAAGUACAGCUCGAGCGUAUCAAUCGGUGGGCGUUUGUUGGAGAGCUGUGUAUACAUGGCAACCCGAGUGGUGUUGAUAAUACAGUGUCUACCGGAGGAAAAGCAGUCAUAUUCAGGAGAGGGGACUAUUCUAAACCGCCGACUGUGAUUCCAAUCCUGGACUUCCCCGAACUACCCCUUCUCCUCAUCAAUUCUCGCCAGCCACGAUCAACUGCCACGGAGGUCGCCAAGGUCGGUGCCUUGAAGAAAGCGCAUCCCGUCAUCACGGAGUCAAUCUUGGAUAGCAUCGGUCAGGUCACCGAGAACGCACACCGCCUCAUCGCAUCAGACGACUUUGACGAACGCUGCAGUGAUACUAUUGAUCACUUCGGCCAACUAUUCCGCAUCAACCAUGGCCUGCUCGUAUCACUCGGCGUGUCCCAUCCGCGCCUGGAACGUAUUCGAGAGCUGGUCGACCAUGCAGAAAUCGGUUGGACGAAGCUGACAGGAGCCGGCGGAGGCGGAUGUGCCAUUACCUUACUAAAGGGCGAACGUAACCAGGCCGCAGUCGAGCAUCUGGAAGAACAACUUAGCGACGAGGGCUACGAACGCUACGAGACCACCCUGGGCGGAGACGGAGUCGGUGUUCUCUGGCCUGCAGUGCUCCAGAACGGCACCGACGAAGAAGGCGGCGAGGAGAUCGACCAGCUGAAAUUUGAAAACGCCGUUGGCAUCAGCGGCAUCGAGCAGCUAGUCGGAGUCGGUGGCACGGAGAAGAGAGAGGGCUGGAAGUUCUGGAGACGCGGCACUGCAACUUGA